CUUUUUAGGCAGCUCCCACCCACAUUAAAGAUAACAAAAAGAAAGAAAACACCAUUGUUGUAGUAGCUUAGCUGGCUUUUUCUCUUCAGUCUUUACACUCAAUUUAUUUUGUUUUUCACUUUAGGGUUUCCACUUUUAGGAAUUCAAAGUGUUCAAUAACUGGAAAGAGGAAAAAGCAGAAGGCAGAAGUUGCAUCUCAUAGAUAUUUAGUUCUUUGGUUUUACAGGAAAGAGGAAAAAGCAAAAGGCAGAAGUUGCAUCUCAUAGAUAUUGAUUUGGGGGAAGUUUUCUGAAGUGGGGUUGUGUUUAUUUCUUUCUAUGUUAGGAGCUUACUACAGAGAGAGAGAGUGUUUUGGUUUGGUGGACUUGGUGUUAUUAGUUAGUGAAAAGGGAUCUUUUUGUUGAAAAAAUGGUGUCAAGAUCCUAUUCCAAUCUCUUGGAGCUGGCCUCAGGUGAGGCUCCUUCGCCGUCUUUUGGGCGAAUGAGCCGGAGGAUUCCACGUAUUAUGACCGUUGCCGGGAUAAUGUCUGAUCUGGAUGAUGAUGGAUCAGAGAGUGUUUGCUCAGAUCCAUCAUCAUCUUCAGCUCAAAAAGAUAGGAUAAUUGUUGUAGCUAAUCAAUUGCCAAUUAGAGUACAAAGGAAAACUGAUGGCAGUAAAGGAUGGUUAUUCAGCUGGGAUGAGAACUCACUUCUUCUCCAGCUGAAAGAUGGUUUAGGAGAUGAUGAAAUUGAGGUUAUAUAUGUUGGUUGUCUUAAGGAAGAAAUCCACCCGAAUGAGCAAGAUGAGGUUUCACAAAUACUCCUUGAGACAUUUAAGUGUGUCCCUACUUUUGUUCCACCUGAUCUGUUUACUAAGUACUACCAUGGAUUUUGUAAACAGCAGCUUUGGCCUUUGUUCCACUAUAUGUUGCCCCUUUCACCCGAUCUAGGUGGUCGAUUCAAUCGAUUACUGUGGCAGGCUUAUGUUUCUGUAAACAAAAUUUUUGCUGAUAGGAUCAUGGAAGUGAUCAACCCGGAAGAUGACUUUGUGUGGGUUCAUGACUAUCAUCUCAUGGUACUGCCUACAUUCUUGAGGAAGAGAUUCAAUAGAGUAAAGCUUGGAUUUUUCCUGCAUAGCCCGUUUCCUUCUUCCGAGAUAUAUAAAACAUUGCCUAUUCGCGAAGAAAUCUUACGAGCUCUCUUGAAUUCGGAUUUGAUUGGGUUCCACACUUUUGACUAUGCGAGGCACUUCCUCUCGUGUUGCAGUCGGAUGUUAGGCAUUUCUUAUGAGUCGAAAAGGGGUUACAUAGGCCUCGAGUACUAUGGCAGGACUGUAAGUAUUAAAAUUCUGCCAGUGGGUAUUCAUAUGGGGCAGCUUCAACAAGUCUUGAGUCUCCCAGAGACGGAGGCGAAAGUUUCCGAGCUCGUGCAGCAGUAUAAUCAUCAGGGAAGGACAUUGCUGCUUGGAGUUGAUGACAUGGACAUAUUUAAAGGGAUUAGUUUGAAGUUAUUGGCAAUGGAACAACUUUUAUUGCAGCACCCAGAGAAGCAGGGGAAGGUUGUUUUGGUGCAGAUAGCCAAUCCUGCUAGAGGGAAAGGAAAAGAUGUCCAAGAAGUGCAGGAUGAAACAAAUUCGACGGUGAAGCGAAUUAAUGAAGUAUUUGGAAGGCCUGGGUAUCAACCAGUUGUAUUGAUUGAUAAGCCACUGAAGUUUUAUGAAAGGAUUGCUUAUUAUGUUGUCGCAGAGUGUUGCCUGGUGACUGCUGUCAGGGAUGGCAUGAACCUUAUACCAUAUGAGUACAUAAUUAGUCGCCAAGGAAAUGAGAGGCUGGAUAAGGUUCUGAAACUGGACUCUUCUACACCAAAGAAGAGCAUGUUGGUUGUGUCUGAGUUUAUUGGGUGUUCUCCCUCCUUGAGUGGAGCAAUCCGAGUGAAUCCUUGGAACAUUGAUGUAGUUGCCGAUUCAAUGGACUCUGCUUUAGUAAUGCCUGAGCCAGAGAAGCAGCUUAGGCACGAGAAACAUUACAGGUACGUUAGCACCCAUGAUGUUGGAUACUGGGCUCGCAGUUUCUUGCAAGAUUUGGAGAGAACAUGCAAGGAUCAUGUGAGACGAAGAUGCUGGGGUAUUGGAUUCGGCUUAAGUUUCCGGGUUGUUGCACUUGAUCCGAAUUUUAGGAAGCUUUCAAUGGAGCAUAUAGUUUCAGCAUAUAAAAGGACAAGAACCAGGGCAAUCCUUCUGGACUACGACGGAACUUUGAUGCCUCAAAAUGCAAUAGACAAGAAGCCAAGUGCUAAAACAAUUCAAAUCAUCAAAACUUUAUGCAGAGACAAGAACAAUAUGGUGUUCAUCGUCAGUGCUAGAAGCCGUAAAACACUAGCUGACUGGUUUCCAACUUGUGAGAAACUUGGUAUUGCAGCCGAGCAUGGCUAUUUUUUGAGGAUGAAUCAAGAUGAAGAAUGGGAAACGUGUAUACCAGAAGUAGAAUGUUGUUGGAAAGAAAUUGCCGAGCCUGUUAUGCAACUUUACACUGAGACUACUGAUGGAUCAGUUAUUGAAGACAAGGAAACAUCAAUGGUAUGGUCUUAUGAGGAUGCGGAUCCUGAUUUCGGAUCAUGUCAGGCUAAAGAACUUCUUGAUCACCUAGAAAGUGUCCUGGCUAAUGAACCGGUCACUGUCAAAAGUGGACAGAAUAUAGUGGAAGUUAAGCCCCAGGGUGUAAGCAAAGGGCUCGUUGCCAAGCGCCUCCUUAACGAAAUGCAAGAGAAAGGAAUGUCACCUGAUUUUGUCCUCUGCAUAGGGGAUGACCGAUCGGAUGAAGACAUGUUUGAGGUGAUCAUGAGCUCUGUUUCUGGCCCGUCCAUGGCUCCAGCAGCAGAAGUCUUUGCUUGCACUGUUGGCCGGAAGCCCAGCAAGGCAAAAUACUAUCUCGAUGACACGACCGAGAUAGUCAGGCUGAUGCAGGGUUUGGCCUCUGUUGCUGAACAAAUGUUACCACAGAUGUAAAGGCCAAAUGAGACCUUUCUCAGUUUUUUUGUUUCUUGAUAAGUUGUAAAUUAAUGGAACUAUAGAGAAACUGCAUUAGUUGUACUUGAAUGUCUCUUUGUUUGCUUGUUUCUUGGUGAGUUGUAAAUUAAUGGACUAUAGAGAAGCUGCAUUUUGUUCAAUUCGCGUUCACAGCAUCAGUAAAAUUUGCCUCUCUACCUCGUGGAGGUAGGGUUAAGGUAUGUAUAAACUCUAUCCUUU